CACAGGGAUGGAAUCUUUUUAGAGAUCUUAGUUAAGAUUUGUUCUGUGACAUGUGCCAACUUGCUAAAAAAACUUAAAUUUAUGCACAUAAACUCAGGUUGUAUUCAGCUCAUUCAACUCAGAAAGUGUAAACUAUCCAGUGAAAGACAUAGCUCAGCUUUUAGGCAUAGAACUGUAGAUUUAAAAGUUUGGAACUUUAUGUUUAAUUAUACACACUUAUUAUGCAUUUGAAUCCUGAUGGAAGGAUAGAUGUGCUGGAUUCCAAUUCCACCUUCAUCACAUUCUAUAUAUAGAUAGACAGAUAUCAUCCUCUCCAUUUUACUUCUCAUAGAGGAAGUGGAUCACUUGCUGCUUGAUAUCCUUGGGAGUCAUCAUGAAGGUGUUUGGAUCAAGCAAGACUGUGAAGGUCGGCCCCUGGGGAGGCCAUGGUGGAAGCGGCUGGGAUGACGGAAUCCACACCGGCAUCAGAGAGAUAACUCUCGUAUACGAUCGAUGCAUCGACUCGAUUCGGAUCGAGUAUGACAAGAAUGGGAAGCCUUUUCUGGCAGAAAAGCAUGGAGGAAAUGGUGGCAGCAUGACAGCAAAAAUUAAAUUGGAGUAUCCAGAAGAAUACCUGAUGACCGUAAGUGGGCACUACUGCCCUGUAGUGUAUGGUGGUUCUCCUGUCAUCAGGUCGCUUGCAUUCAAGAGCAACAAGAGGACUUUUGGGCCUUUUGGUGUGGAGGAAGGAACCCAGUUCACAGUGCCCAUGGAUGGAGGAAUGGUAGUGGGUUUCACCGGAGGAUGUGGGUGGUACCUCGAUGCAAUCGGCUGGUGCCUCUCACCGAUCCGUAGUGUGAAGCUCUGCAACAUGGUGCAUCAGAAACUCCAGAAGAUAGGGACUAUGGCAUCCAAAACUUUGGGCAAUAAGCAUGGGAAACAUGCCACUGCCAAAUCCCGGAAGACGUAUGCAUGAAGUUUCUUUUCUUUUCUUCUCUUCUGAUGAGGUUUCCUAAUUCAGUACUGCU